AAAACAGCAGAAAACAACAUCGAAUGGAUUUAAAAUCAAAUUAGAUUUAAUAUUUUAUACAUUAUAUAUAAUAUAAAAUCUCUAUCUCAGACCAUAUUUGACCAAGAAAAUAAUCGACAGAUCGUUUGAGUUGCGUGCUUUCUCUUUCUCUUAUCCCCUACUUAUUCUUCCUUAUUGUUAUCUUGCUCUUGCUUUAUAAUUUUUGAUAUGAGUAAGACAGAGAUAAGUAUACGUCAAUGGUAGAGAUGAAAUCAUAACCUAGAAAAUCGUUGGAAGAGAGAAAGAAUGUGAACAACCAGGAGGGAGAAUCAAAACUUAUGGUUGGCUACGAUAGCUAGCAGCUUAUAACAGUGUAUGAAGUUGACUGUGUGACAUCACGUUUCAUUGUUAGAGGUUUACGUCAUUUCUUUAGUCCGUGUGCGUCUUGCAGAUCGCACACGUGAAUUUGCUGCGGGUGCAAAACAGCAUCGCAAGAAAAUGUCGCCACCUUCACUAUCAUCAAAGUGUGACUGGUUAGAGUGACUCUUUCUUUCAUCGUUUUAGUGAACACGAAGAUUAUAAACAUUUUAAGAUUAGCUUAGAGCAACCUUUUUGACUUCUAUACUAUUUUAGUAACCUAAACUGUGGAGAAAGUUUCAAGUGAAACGUAACUGAUGUUGUUUAUACUUGUGUUUUGUUUUUCAUUUUUGCUGUAAUAAAAUGUCAAAAUCAAGUAUUUAACAAUGAAGUUGUAAACAUCAACCAAGAAAGAAUAAAUAGAAUAUAGAAAAAUAAUUCAUAGACUCAUUUACAUACUGAAUUUUUGAUGAAAUAAUUCUUGAAAAUGGGAGAAAUCAAUACAGAGUUACAAACGUAUGUGAAGGCCCGGAUUUUUAUCUUGUGGGAUUUGAUAGCACGUAGUAGCUUGUCGAAAUCAAUUUAAAAUCAUUCUAUAAAAUGCAGCAGAAAACAAAAAAUAACGCCAAAAAUAGUAUUGGAAGUUGCUGUAUAAUGAUUGGAAGUCAUUGGAUAUAAAAUAAUAUAUAAUGAUCAACAAUUUUACUUGAAUCCACAUAGAAGGAUUAUUGCACAAUUAUGCAAAUAACGGAUGCCGGAGUUAAUAUUAUUUAGUAAAUAUUUGGACAACUUCAAUGUUGGGAACUAUUAAAAAUGAUGAAACGAGACAUUAUGUAUUUAACUACCAAGGGGUUUGAUAUAUCAAAAGCAGCCGUUACUAUGAGUACUUCACACUCGUUGCAUUGUAAUGGACAAGAAAGUAAUCGUAAAAUCGGAUCAAAAAGAAUGGCCUAUCAAGUAUUUUUGGGUGGAUCUUGUAAUCCCACAACCUGGCGAUCGGAAAUAGCCAUUCCAACACUUCAAAAACUUGGAAUAACUUACUACAAUCCGCAAGUCCCACAGUGGGGGCCAGAACUUGUAGCUCAAGAAUAUGAAGCAAAACAAACUGCACGAGUGUUGCUUUUUGUAAUUGAUAAUCAAACAAGAAACACAGCAGGUAUUAUUGAAGCGGCUCAAUUAGCAGCUACAAGGAGUCAUUCCUUAAUCAUCGUUGUAUAUCCUUAUCAACCAAAUCAAAAGAUUUUAGGAGAAACUAUUUCGGCUCAAGAAUACAAUGAUUUAAUGAAUGGACUUCUAGUACUUGAGUAUUUGAUGGAAAAACAACGAAUACCAAUAUUUGAAAGCAUUUCUGGCGCUCUAAAUGGUACUUCUAAGAUUCUCCGUGAAGCAAUCAAUGUGCAAGAUUUAAAUCAAGAAGAUGGUACGAGGCCUACCCGGAAUUCUAUAGCUCAAAAUGGCAUUGAUAUGGUAACACUCAGAGAGAUAUUUAAAUCUAUAGAUACCAAUGAUACGGGUACCGUCCGUUUGGAGGAUGCCUGGAGAGAACUGCAAUUGAAGAUAAAGUGCAAUAUGUCUAUCUCUGAGUUUUUUAAUUUUGUAACAAAACCAGAUACGUAUGAUAAUGUAGUACAAAAUUCUUCAAAUAAAGAUGAUUUGGCAGAACAACGAAUAAACUUGGAGCAAUUUUGGACGCUUGCAAGUGAAUGGAUGCAGCGCGCCAAGACUAAUAUGACCAGUUGUGACGGUAAGCGAUAUCUUUAGUUCACAUUCAUUUGUUCUUAACUAUCAUAACAGUGGACAAAAAGAUAUGAUUACUUUUCUCCAUCUCAUUAUUUAGAUUGGACACAUUGUGUCGUGCCGGAUACACAAAAAAGAGAUUUAUACAUCGGAGUUGAUGGCAAAGAUCACAUCUGGUUAGAAUCAUCUGCCGUGCCAUUGAUAGAAUCAAUGGGUUUAUCUUUAUAUCGGCCAAGUAUGAAUGAAUAUACAGUGAAAACAAUAUCAAUUGAAUUGCAACGAAUGAGAAGUUCACGUAUGAUUUUAUUGAUAAUGCCUCAACACUCACGAAGUAUUGCUAUUGCGACAUUAGCUGCUCAUUUAAUUGGUUUGCGGGCAAAGCUCGUUCUUUGCAUACAACUUAUGCCAGAUGGUUGUAUUGUGUCUGGCGAAAAGCUGACAGAGCAAGCCAUAAAAGACUACAAUCGCAGUAGAAUGUAUCUCAUGGACUACGCAACGCGCGAAGGUGUACCUGUUUUUCAGAAGAUAGCUGAUGCACUUCAGCAUGCGAUACAGUCAGUUCAAAGUUCCUACUUGAUUGAAAUCACAAAAUACUUAAAAAAAGAUGGAGUUUUCAAACUACUAUGGAGAUUUAUUUGUAUUUACUGGAAAUCAUUAAUUCUAAUCCUAUGGCCACUAAUUUUGAUGCCGAUAAUAAUUAUAGAUAAUUCACGAAUGUACAAAUGUCUUUAUGUAGUGGGUUUGAUGGCAAUGUAUUGGGUAACCGAAUGUUUGCCUUUACCUAUUACUGGGAUGAUACCAAUCGUACUCUAUCCACUAAUGGGAAUAUUGAGCUCAGGUAAAACCUGUGAUGCUUAUAUGAAUGAUACCACCAUCAUGUUUUUAGGAAGUCUUGUUAUUGCUGUUGUUAUUGAAAACUCUGGAUUACACAUGAGAAUUUCAUUGAUAAUCAUUAAACUUAUUGGAUGUAGUCAUAGGAAAUUAAGUCUUGGACUAUUUUACGUCACAAUGUUCAUAUCUAUGUGGAUUUCCAAUACUGCUGCCACUGCCAUGAUGAUUCCUAUUAUUGAAACAGUUCUUUUAGAAUUAGAAACGCAAGGUCUUGGUAAUAUGUUUGAAAUCGAGGAAUCCGAUACUAGUCAAUUAGAAAAUCAUGAAAGGCGGAAAAGACCAACACACAGCACAUUAGUCUACUAUUUAUCAAUUUCAUAUGCCUCAAGCAUUGGUGGAAUUGGAACUAUAGUUGGCAGUGGAACAAAUUUAACACUGAAAGGAAUUUAUGAAGAACGAUUUCCACGGAGUCCAGGGAUAAAUUUUGCUUCUUGGAUGUUGUAUAAUGUACCGCCCAUGCUUCUUAUAGGAUUUUUGACAUGGUUGUGGCUUCAAAUAAUGUAUAUGGGACUUUUUAGGCCUCAAAGUGCGGAUGCUCAAGCCAUAAAUAUUGGUGAACAGGGAGAAAAAGUUGCUGCAGAUGUUAUUAAUAAGAGAUAUAAAGAUCUUGGACCAAUUACGUGGUAUGAAUCGAUAGUAGGUUUUCUUUUUAUUUCAGUCAUUCUUCUUUGGUUCUUUAGAAAACCCGGAUUCCUGCCGGGAUGGCCAGAGUACAUCACGAACAUGCCAGUCAAAGACUCAACAGCAGCCAUUGCACUUGUAAUUUUACUAUUCAUAAUACCAUCGAAAUUGGAUUUUUUUCGAGCUUUUGAUAAGGAUCCAAGCAAACGUCCAACGGCUCCAUCUCCAGCUCUCAUUAAUUGGAAAACAAUUCAUGAAAAAAUGCACUGGAGUUUAAUUUUUGUCCUUGGUGGCGGAUUUGCUAUUGCUACAGGAAGCAGUGACUCUGGGUUGUCAGCAAUGCUUGGAGAAGUUUUAGGAAACUUAAGACAUGUUAAUAUAUUUGCAACGUUAUUUAUUGUUUGUAUUUUUUGCGAAAUCGUUACGGAGUUGACUGCAAAUAUUGCUGUAGCGAAUAUUGUCUUACCAGUAUUAGCAGAAAUGUGUGUAUCAAUCAAAGUGCACCCUCUCUUUCUUAUGCUACCGGCUUCUCUCUGCUGCUCAUUUUCAUUUCAUUUGCCAGUUGGUACUCCACCAAACGCAAUUGUAAGUGAAGCAGGUCACAUAAGAACUAAGGAUUUUAUUAUUGCCGGAAUCGGCCCGACGAUGAUUACCCUUCUUGUCACAUGCAUUGCAUGGAGUACUUGGGGUGUCUAUGUAUUUAAAUUGUCUGAUUUUCCUCAAUGGGCAACAGAGAAAUAAUGUAUGAUCUAUUUUGACUAUCAAAAUUAUUUACUUCGUUCAAUCAUUCUUCGGACAAAUAUUUUAGUUAUUAUUUUAAUACAUGAUUAUUUAUUUUAUCAAUAAAUUCAAAUA